CUCGGCAAGUGGGGCAGCGCUGCGGGUGGCGGCGGCGGUCUUUAGUUACAGGAGUCUGGCUUAGCUGGUAGGCUGUCCUGCCAGGUCGGUUCAUACCACACGGUGCGCUCCAGAGGACGAACGGCUGAACGGCUGAACGGGCGAGACAUGGAAGAGACGGGCGGCGCAAGUGCGUACGGGGCUUCGCUGGCGGGAGGCGGCUUCGACUUCUAUAAGUUUGUCCGACAGCCGCAAACUAUCGUGAGGCUCCUCAGCUGGAUAUUUGCCAUGGUGGUGUUUGCCUGCAUUACAACAGAGGGAUACAUCAACUCUCCCCACAGUGCUGAAGCAAAGUGCAUCUUCAACCAGAAUGACUCGGCAUGUCAUUAUGCUGUUGGCAUUGGGGUGAUUGCUUUCUUGGCCUGCGUGGCCUUUUUGGUGUUGGAUGUUUACUUGCCUUUCAUGAGCAAUGCACAGGAAAGGAAGUAUGCUGUCAUGGCUGACUUGGGAUUCUCAGGGGCGUGGACCUUCCUGUGGUUUGUGUGUUUCUGCCUGUUGGCCAGUCAGUGGGGUCACACUCAUAAUGUCACAGGUAUCCCUGAGGAUGCUGCACGCGCCACUGUGGCCUUCUCAUUCUUCUCAAUCGCCACCUGGGGAAUCCUAGCCUACUAUGCCCUGGGUCGUUACCGGCGUGGUGUAAAUGAAGUUACCAUCCCAACCUACACAGAGCCGCCACUGGAUCCCCACAGCCCCUACCCUGCGACCUACAUCCCCACCUCUUACAACCCCACUACCUAUACCCCUACCACUUACACAGCCUAUCCCAGCAGUGUGCCCGACAUGCACCAACAGCCUCCCUUCACCGCGAGCCCCCAGCCGCAAGGAGACGUCGCCUACCAGCCGCCCAACUACUGAGACAAAGGGAGCUCACAUAGAUGAGGUGGUGUCCCUGGUCAUCUGCUGAUAGAGUGAUUGAAGUUGCACUGCACAGACACAGAGCUAUAUCAUAUUGAUGUGGUUUUACAUUUGAUCCAACCCACUUUUCUAAGUGUUGUCAGAUUUGGGAACCUGGGCAGUGCAACUGCGACUGUUAGAGAGGAGGUACACUGUGGUUUACUUCUAAGGGUCUGUGGUCAGAUCUUAAGACAUCAGGCUGAGUGCUGAGAUUAGUUCUGAUGAUUGGGAAAUCUGACCUUAGACCUCUGUGCAAAGAUGCAACUUUUACCUCAAAUGGGCUGAUCCUGAAGGGGAGGGGUAGAUAGAAUGUACCCAGGAGGUUAAAGGUCACAUAACGUGACGUUAUCACGCUCCAAUCAGAGUGGAAGAAGACAACACUGAAUGUGUUUCUCUUUACUCUCUGUUGGAACCUGAGAAUGUUUGUUUGUACAUAGAUUUCACUAUGCAAAGCUGCCAUUUUUAUGGUUGUAUGUGCCUGAUGUCUUGUCUUAUAUGGUUUAGUUGAUUUUCCCCUUCAGUGCAGUUGUCUUGAAGACCUAUAAACAGUUUAGAAUGUAUUAAAUUGAACAUUAUUUGGGAGUAGAGUACAGUGGAAAAAGACCACUAUAAAGCCAAAUAUCCCUCUGUGAUUGAGUUAUAUUUUGUGAAACGUGGGCUCUGUAGAGAUUAUGCACUAUCCAUAAAAUCACCUUUGAAAGAAAGUUUGCUGGGUUAAGAAAUCUGUGUGCCACAGUAAAAUGAGUUCUGUGUUUGCCAUCUCAAAUAGCAAUGCUUGUAAAUCCACUUCAAUCAAAACCUAUAGCUAGUGAUGACACGAAAAACCAUAAAGACCAUCCAUUUCCUGAACUCUGACCAUUUCAAAUGUAACGAACUUGUGUUGGUAAAAAUCGGUUAAAUGUGCCAAACUGUGGAGGUGUUUAUUGGACACCGAUAAUCAGUGUUGCCCUUUAAACUUGUAGCUAACAUUCAGAUAGUCAGGAGGGAGGGGAAUGUGGAUAACUAUGCACUUAUUGAACAGGUUUAUCCAGUGAGCAUGCCCUCAUACUGAAGUGUAACUCAUUAACUACCAGCAACAAUGCUUCCUCUUCAGUCUUUGAACAGAGGCCUCACACUUCCUCCAAGGUCUUGGUGACAUUUAGUUUUCAGAAUAGUAAUGUAUAUCUCCCAUUUAUAGUCUUCUUAAUCUAAACAGUUGAAGGCAGACUGCAGCGUGUAAGUCUUUACAGAUGACUGAUUAACAUCUCAGCCUGCAAUGGUGAGAAUUGAAAACCAGUCCUUAGAAAGGCUACCGGUUUACUUCGUUGCUUUGUGCCUGACAGUAACACGUUUGUCAGUUUAACACCUCGGAUGCCUUCUGGCUGUUGUAGCUCAGCUAAAGUGACAGUCAAGUUGGCCUGAGAUCAGUUUUUUUUUUAAUUGUUCCAAGGUUGUUGCGGGGUUGUAGGCUGACUUUAGAUCCGUGAAUGAUAUACCAGAAAUUUAAUGUAGUAAUAUUUAUUGAACACGAUAAUGUUAAUGGUACGACAUUGGAGACAUUCGUAAUAGUGAAAAAACUCUGUCAAUUAUAUUGUUUGACAUUUAGAA